GACCAGUUUGGGGAAGUUGCCCGAGCCCCGUGUCGCCCAGAUGUGCGACCUCAUUGAGCCGCAGCCGGCCGAGAAGAUCGGCAAGAUGAAGAAGUUGCGGAGAACUUUGUCGGAUAGUUUCAGCCGCAUUGCCUUGAAGAAAGAGGACACCACCUUUGAAGAGAUAUGUGUCACAAAGAUGUCCACACGAAACUGCCCAGGAAUGGACUCAGUGAUCAAACCCCUGGACACAAUUCCUGAGGAUAAGAAAGUCAGGGUUCAGAGGACACAGAGCACUUUUGACCCGUUUGAGAAACCCACUAAUCAAGUGAAGAGGGUGCAUUCUGAGAACAAUGCUUGCAUUAACUUUAAUAAGAGCUCCUCUGCUGGCAAAGAGUCUCCUAAAGUUCGGCGGCACUCCAGCCCCAGCUCGCCAACAAGUCCCAAAUUUGGAAAAGCUGACUCCUAUGAAAAACUGGAAAAGCUAGGGGAAGGAUCUUAUGCUACAGUGUACAAAGGGAAAAGCAAGGUGAAUGGAAAGCUGGUAGCCCUGAAGGUGAUCAGGCUGCAGGAAGAGGAAGGUACACCUUUUACAGCUAUCAGGGAAGCCUCUCUGUUGAAAGGACUGAAACAUGCUAACAUCGUGCUACUUCACGACAUCAUCCACACCAAGGAGACACUGACUCUUGUGUUUGAAUACGUGCAUACUGAUUUAUGUCAGUACAUGGACAAGCACCCUGGGGGGCUGCAUCCAGAUAAUGUGAAGUUGUUUUUAUUUCAGUUGCUGCGAGGGCUGUCCUACAUCCACCAGCGCUAUAUUUUGCACAGAGACCUGAAGCCACAGAACCUUCUGAUCAGUGACACGGGGGAGUUAAAGCUGGCAGAUUUCGGCCUCGCAAGAGCAAAAUCCGUCCCUAGCCACACAUACUCCAAUGAAGUGGUUACCUUGUGGUACAGACCUCCAGAUGUCCUCCUGGGCUCGACAGAAUAUUCCACCUGCCUUGACAUGUGGGGAGUUGGCUGCAUCUUUGUUGAGAUGAUCCAGGGAGUUGCUGCUUUUCCAGGAAUGAAAGACAUUCAGGAUCAACUUGAACGAAUAUUUCUGGUUCUUGGAACGCCGAAUGAGGACACGUGGCCCGGAGUUCACUCUCUACCACAUUUUAAGCCAGAACGCUUUACCCUGUACAGCUCUAAAAACCUUAGACAAGCAUGGAAUAAGCUCAGCUACGUGAAUCACGCAGAAGAUCUGGCCUCCAAGCUCCUCCAGUGUUCCCCAAAGAACAGACUAUCAGCUCAGGCUGCCUUGAGCCAUGAGUAUUUUAGUGACCUACCCCCACGGCUAUGGGAGCUGACUGAUAUGUCUUCUAUUUUUACCGUCCCAAAUGUAAGAUUGCAACCGGAAGCUGGAGAAAGCAUGAGGACCUUUGGGAAAAACAAUAGUUAUGGCAAAAGUCUAUCAAACAGGAAGCACUGAUGUGCACAGCAUUCUCAAGAGAGCACAGGAUUAAGUUGUCAUCGUUCUGGGGAGAAAAAAAAAAAUUAAUGAAGUGGCCAAUAAUACGAAGGGAUUCAUGGAUCAGUUUCCUUUCGCUCCCUGGGGUGGAUUUCACUUAGAAGAAAAUUGAAGCUGACAAGACCCUGUUUUCUCCGCAAUUUAUUUAAAACCUUGCACGCAUUUGGAUACCUUGUGAUUUCCAAGAACUGUGUGAAGAUUAAGUUUUGCUUACUGAUACAUGGCAUGUAUUCUUUUCAGUCUUUUGCGUUUGAUUUUGUUUGAUUUCCCUCUGCACCGCAGCGUCUCUGUAAAGGUUUUUAUGCUUUCACCAGCCAUGUCUUAAAUACAUUA